AUGGAGCACCUACCAUUGCCCGAAGGCGUCGAACAUUUCAUCAUCGUGCCAUACGAAGCACCAAAGAAAGACUGGUAUGACGGUAAAGGAUUCAUGAAUUACCCACAACGACGUGGCUGGACAGAAGAGCAACUUCGUGGUGGAGACGAUACUACAAAGGAAGAUUAUCUCGACACCAAUGGAUUCAAGACCAAGGGGAGUGAAUCUGAAGUUGAGCAAUUCUUCCAGACAUGGCUGUUCUUCGGACAGGUGAUCGAGUUCCUUCAAAUCGGCGGGAUUCACGUUCAGACCGAAGAUUUCCUUGUGGAUGCGAAUAUAGAGGGAGAGAACCCUGAUAUGCCGAAGAUGGUCAAUACUUCAAAGCUACCACAGCUGUUGAUUCAAUGGCGAAACAGACUCAGGAACAGGGGCGCUAAUAACGGCAGAACAUGGGCCACUUUGAGGUCAAUGUUUGAUAUGUCAAAGUCUAUUCUAGACCGGUUCUGUGUGCCAGGACAUGAAAGGGAAUGGCCAUUGAAGCAAGAAAAGCCUCGACCAUGGCCAGUUAGAGACGAAAUAUCUGCCACCAUGAUCGCCAUAACCUUCUCUCUCCGCAGAGCGGCUAUGGGAUCAGGUUACGUAGAUGAUGUUGACCCACUAACACCGAAACUUCAUGGUCGCUCUGAGCUGUUAUCAAAACAGCUACAGCGCAAAUGGUGUAUUGCUGAUGUUACUACUACUCUCAAAGAGCUUGCUAUUGAUGGCCAUUACUAUCUUGCCGCAUCGCCUGGACUAUCAAGUAAGGAGCUUGAUCAUCAUUCCAAAUGCACUGAGGAGCAUUGUCUCUACGAAUAUGACUUAAAUAUCUACGUCACCCGGCAUACUGGUUCUCCAUGGCACCACUCUGGUUGCAAGCCUACUAUACAAUAUGGUGGACAAUUGGGACCUGAAAGGGGACAGAAAGAUUGGGUCGAUGCAAUUGGCAAGAUUAUCGAAAAGGAUGCCAUACCGAUUGCCCUAUGGGUAAAAGGCCAACGCAAGCUUUGGUCCGUGGAGUAUCACCUGACUGGUCAUCGAAAUCCAGACUAUGUUGCGAUCUCACAUGUUUGGGCUGAUGGCAAAGGCAACCCAAAAGCCAACUCUGUUCCCGAAUGUCAAUUGGAUAAGAUCACACAUUUGGUUGAAAAUAUCCAUUGGGAAGGUCGAAAGCCUAUCCCCAGCAACCCAGAUCUUUCUGAUGGAAUUGGUUUCUGGUUGGAUACCAUAUGCGUUCCGGUAGAUGACAAGCAGCUAAAGAAAAAAGCAAUCGCCAACAUGCGCCAUGUAUAUUCCAGAGCCAAGGCCGUCUUGGUUCUGGACGACUGGCUUGAGCAGAUUUCAUCCACCUCUCCAAUUCUAAAAAUUGUCUCUAGGCUGUACCAGUCUAGUUGGAUCAAACGAUUGUGGACACAUCAGGAGGGAUUUCUUGCCGGGAUAAGCGCUCCUGUGGUGGAGGGCGUUGAGAGAAUUUCUCAGGUGUACAUUCAAUUCAGCGACAGAUCAGUGGAAUUGGAUGCACUAAAUCGGCAAUGGGAGGCUUACAACGAACAACAAAUGAAUGCAGGCAUAUACCUGCAGUUUUCACAAGCAGCAAGUAUGCGGCUACUCAGCUUGUAUUCCAGAUUGAAAUUCAUCAUGUCGGGAGUCAAGGAUCCGAAGGAUAAAUGGAAGCUCUAUGCUCCCGUAGCUGAUGCUAUGUCUGAGCGAAAGACGUCACGACUUGCCGAUGAGAUAAUAUGCUUAUCAACGAUUAUCAACAUUGAUGUCAAGCCGUUUCUAGAGCUUCCUGACAAGGAUAAAUCAGACGCAGAAUUGGCUCAGGAUAGGAUGGCUCUUUUCCUGGAUACAUUGCAUACUUUCCAAAUGCAGAUAGUUUUCAACAAUUACCAGAGACUGGAGAAAGUUGGUUACAGGUGGGCUCCAAGGUCAUUACUAAACUUCAGAUUGCCUCAGUUAUACCCUGGAGAUGACCAAAAUACAUCGAACUUCCAGGUCGUCAAUGGUAAAAGGGGUCUAUUAGUUCAAUAUCCCGGGUUCUUGAUACAAUUCGACAAUGGAAGGCCAACUUUUGGUACAAGUGACCGUGGCUGCGUUAUAAAUUACAAUCAUAGAUCACUAAAAAUCGUCGGGUCGAAAGUUGAGGGCGAUUACUUCAUUAUUGAGCUGCCACCGAACAACGUCCGCUGGAUUGGAUCUUCCUCGCAGGUCUACGCCGUGGUGUUGUACAAGGUACCAACAAAACUUGGACAGUCUUGCGCGGCAAUCGUGGGACUAUCUACCUCGUCGCCUCAAAACGGGAUAUAUGCGUUUGAGCAUUGCUCGAUUGCAACAGCACGAGUUGUCAACAGGCCGCCGAUUUGGGUGGAUGCAGUAGAAGCGCCACUUCUUGCAAGCAAUACCAAGUGGUUAGUGUAUUGA